AUGAUUACAUUAUAUUACUAAAUUAUCUAAGAGUGCAUCCAAGUAAUUUAAAUUAAUUUAACUUUUAGAAAUAAGUGAAAUUAAAACAAUUUUAGAAUUUAUCUGAUUUAUCUUUUUAAAUAAAACCUUAUUAUUGUAUAAAUCCUAAAUUUAUUUAAGAAUUAUUUUAGAUUUGAAACCUUUAGAUUAAUUUUAACUUAAUUAAGCUCUCUAUUUAAGAAAAAAAUAAAGAUAAAAUGAAUAAAUAAAUUUAGUAGGGUUAAAGAGUUCCUUUAUUAUUAAAUUAUAUUUAAAAAAUAAACCUGCUGAUAAUAAUUACUUUUUUUUAAAUUUAUCCUUAUGUAUGUGCAUCUAAAUAGUGGAAAUUAUGAUAUAUUUAAAGAAUUUAUUCUAAGCAAGGAUGUUAGAAAAGAUUGUAUAUUCAAGAUGA